AUGGCUCUUCCCAUAUUUGGGACACAGCACGAUCUCACCUCAUCAGACGAGAGCAGCGCCGACAUGACUGAAACAAUCGACGGCACAGCAACUGUGCUGCCUCUCUGGUACUGCGAUCCAUCGUUAAGUGCACCAGUGUGCCAAGGCUGUCCAACUAGUACAACAUCUGGCCAAGAACCUUGCCCAACCAAUUUCAACUUUAUUCUGCUCAUGCCCCCUUUGGCAAUCAUUGGGGGACUCAUACCUCCACCAGAAGGACUACCUACACUUUCUAUAGGACCAGAUGGCAACCCAACACCCGAAUCUACCCUCUUGCCGACUUACACCUCAGUUCCUCCUCCCACUAUUUCAGACAGCGAUAGUAGCAGUACUAGUAGCGACAACUCAAUCUCUGUUUCCGUGCCUUGCACCAUAGCGCCAAUCACUGCGAGCAGUUUCGCUUUCUCGCCUGUCCCAUCACCGGUCUGGACUGCACCAACCGGCUCCGCUGCCCCUAGCCUUACCGAAGCACUUCCAGUCCUGUCUCUCACAAACGCAGAUCCAGCUCAUCCGAGUAUUUGGCAAGCUUGCAGACCAGGAAAUGGGGAUCCAUAUUACAACGGCGGGUUCAUCCAAUUUGGAGAAUCAUUCAGUAGAAACGCAGGGCUUGACGCCGUCGGGAAAUUUUGCAACGAUAUGGUCUCUUCCAGUAUCGUCGUUGGGCCUCCGGGAGUCACUGCGACGACGUCAGGAGCUUCGAAAAGGACUGCUGUUCCGGAAAUGGUCAGAUCAUACAAUGAGCCGGACGGAUCUGGAAAAAUAAUGCUAAUGGUACAGUCUGAUGUUAACAAUAUCAAUGGCAAUGGUCCGACUUGUCCAGACAAUUGGAUCUACGACAUUGCGAGUGGGGGCUAUGCAAAAUGUAGACAACUGUUUGGCCAGAGUAUUGAUUAUUGCGUUGUAAAUGCGACUCGAUCUUCGUCAGACAUCACUUGGAAAAAUGGCGGAACAGUCUUCACUAAUUAUAAAUCAAUGGACAUGAGAUCUGCUUUACACUCCGAUACUCAUCACUAUUCCACUUUACCAAAUCCCUGA